AUGCAGCGCGCAUUGAGCACCCGGGCUCGGGCUUCCGUCCUCUCCUCAGCGGCCACCAAGUACCGAGCUGGCAGCCUCAGCCAGCAGGUCCGAUUUGCUCACAAGGAGCUCAAGUUCGGUGUUGAGGGCCGUGCUGCUCUCCUCGCUGGUGUCGAUACCCUCGCUAAGGCUGUUGCUACUACCCUCGGUCCUAAGGGCCGAAACGUCCUCAUUGAGUCCAGCUUUGGAUCUCCCAAGAUCACCAAGGAUGGUGUGACCGUUGCCCGCGCUGUCAGCCUCAAGGACAAGUUCGAGAACCUUGGUGCCAAGCUCCUCCAAGAUGUUGCUUCCAAGACCAACGAGGUUGCCGGUGAUGGUACCACCACCGCUACCGUUCUCGCCCGUGCCAUCUUCUCCGAAACCGUCAAGAACGUUGCCGCUGGCUGCAACCCCAUGGACCUCCGCCGAGGUAUCCAGGCUGCUGUUGAGGCCGUCGUCGAGUUCCUCCAGAAGAACAAGCGCGAUAUUACCACCAGCGCUGAGAUCGCUCAGGUCGCUACCAUCUCCGCCAACGGUGACGUCCACAUCGGCCAGAUGAUUGCCAACGCCAUGGAGAAGGUCGGCAAGGAGGGUGUCAUCACCUGCAAGGAAGGCAAGACCGUUGCCGAUGAGCUCGAGGUCACCGAGGGUAUGCGAUUUGACCGUGGCUUCGUCUCCCCCUACUUCAUCACCGAUACCAAGUCCCAAAAGGUCGAGUUUGAGAACCCUCUCAUCCUCCUCUCCGAGAAGAAGAUCUCUGCUGUUCAGGACAUCAUCCCCGCUCUCGAGGUCUCUACGCAGCAGCGACGACCUCUUGUCAUCAUUGCUGAGGACAUUGAGGGCGAGGCUCUCGCUGUCUGCAUUCUGAACAAGCUCCGUGGCCAGCUCCAGGUUGCCGCUGUCAAGGCCCCUGGCUUCGGUGACAACCGCAAGUCCAUCCUCGGCGAUCUUGCUAUCCUCACCGACGGUACUGUCUUCACUGAUGAGCUUGACAUCAAGCUUGACAAGGCUACCCCUGACAUGCUCGGUUCCACCGGUUCUAUCACUAUCACAAAGGAGGACACCAUUGUCCUGAACGGUAGCGGCAGCAAGGACGCUAUUGCUCAGCGAUGCGAGCAGAUCCGUGGCGUCAUUGCUGACCCUACCACCUCUGAGUAUGAGAAGGAGAAGCUCCAGGAGCGCCUUGCUAAGCUUUCUGGCGGUGUUGCCGUCAUCAAGGUUGGUGGCUCCUCCGAGGUUGAGGUCGGCGAGAAGAAGGACCGAUUCGUCGAUGCCCUGAACGCCACCCGUGCCGCCGUUGAGGAGGGUAUCCUACCCGGUGGUGGUACUGCCCUUAUCAAGGCCUCUGCCCACGCUCUUAACGAGGUUCCUACUGCCAACUUCGACCAGCAGCUCGGUGUCAGCAUCGUCAAGAACGCUAUUACACGCCCUGCCCGAACCAUCAUCGAGAACGCCGGUCUUGAGAGCUCCGUUGUUGUCGGUAAGCUCACUGACGAGCACGCCGGUGACUUCAACAAGGGUUUCGAUAGCUCAAAGGGUGAGUACGUUGACAUGAUCAACGCCGGUAUCCUUGACCCCUUCAAGGUCGUCCGCACUGGUCUCAUCGAUGCUAGCGGUGUUGCCUCUCUUCUGGGUACCACUGAGGUUGCCAUCGUUGACGCCCCUGAGGAGAAGGGAGCUGGUGGUCCUCCUAUGGGUGGCAUGGGCGGCAUGGGAGGAAUGGGCGGUAUGGGAGGUAUGAUGUAA